AUGGACGACACAACCUUGAGGCAGCGGGCGGCGGCGUUGCAGGCCGAAGUGAUGAUCCAGGUGUCGGUGCUCGCGACCACUGACGAUUGCUGGAAGGUGUGCAUGAAGGGCAAGACGUCAUUCGGCACCACGCUCAACAAGAACGAGAAGGAGUGCUUCCACAACUGCACCAUGGCCACCGUCCAAUCGGAGAACUUCCUCACCAAGCGCACGGCCCAGCACAUCGAGCAGCAGGCCCGCCAGUCCGGACAUUAG